AUGGAAAUUUGGUUCAACCGCCGACUUGACAUCACCAAGAAAUUCCACCAGGCGGACGAUGAUGUCCCGCUAAUUUACUUUGACAAAAUAUUUCUCACUCACCUGGAUAUUGCGCCCCGCAAUUUGAUAAUAGGCCCUGAUAGUAAAGAACGGAGAUCCGAAUUUCCGGAGUAUACUGAUACGUUACUUGAAACAAUUUCCUACAUGAUUUCGGAACAUGAGGAACUAUUUCAGCAGCUAAGGUCAAUUGCAUUUGCGUUGACUACUGGACAGUGGUUGGGGAGGGAAAGAUUGGAAUUUGGUCAAAUUUAG